AUGCUCUCUGCAUGGCGUCGUGGGCGACGGCCGCCUACACCUAGCCUAGAAUCCGAGGAAGACACCGAGGGAGAAGACCAGGAUGAGAGCGUAUUUUCCGGCGAAAUGACGCCUGCUGAUACACUUUCAGUCACUACUGACGCCUCAACCGCAGAGACUGCCUCCACCGACCCUCCCGACGAGUAUCCGGUGCCUAUUCUUGGGUAUCAUCACGUUUUGAUGAUAAUCAGCGUGAUAUCCCUCGUUGGCCUGGGUCUGACUCUUGGCGGAUGCUCGAGAACAGGCACUCUCCAGAACUUCCACCUCCUCUCCAUAUCGUAUCGAUCAGACAUCGCGCCGGUAGAUGCCACAAGCCCGCUCAUGCUAAACGACACGCUGCCGGAUAUCCUGCAUCAAUGGACGUUGAAGGGUGCGGACGAACCGAUGCGAGCAGAGGUAGUGCAGGUGGGAUACUGGUCUAUAUGCGUGAAGCUCCAACAGGGAGACUGGCAAUGCCGACUUCGGCAACCUGCUGCCCAUGUCACUGACCCAUUGGGCGUUAUUGAGGCUGCAUUCGACUUUCAGAAGCAUGUGACAUCCUCCGUUCUUGUAAUAUUGGGUGUAGUAUUUACGUUGUCGAAUCUCGUAGUCCUGCUUCUGUUUCCAGGCUGGAACACCCCCGACGACGGUUCCGAAGACUUCAGGCCUUACCCUUCUUCUAAAUACGCAACUGUGCUUGUUGUGACAAAUGGUCUUGCCGGAGCUAUGCUGUAUAUUGGAAUGGCGUGGCAGCAGAUCGCCAUCGCCUCGGCCGCCACGAUUAUCGAAGGACUGAGAUAUGGCUCUGUGGAGGUACAAAUAGGCGUGACAGCGGCCGUCCUUGGCUGGCUCGGCGUUUUCUUAUCUUUUCUUUGUAUGCUCGGCGGCGUUUUGAUGGGUGUAUCGCUCCAUUUAUUAGAUGAGCUGUCUCAAGACUGA